AUGUCUGGGCCCACUUCUCCGACGUCUCAGGGCGGUGGUGAUAUGCCAACUAUGAGUGAGGCACAACAGUUGGCCCAAGCUUUGAUAGUGGCUGCCCAAAAUGCAGCCAGUGCGUCAGCUGCACAUACUACCUUGUCUCAGCAGUUGAUGACACAGUUGAGUGCGCAAAGCACUGGUGAUGCUCCAGCCGCAGGAUCCCCUUCGAGGACCGCAAAGUUUGCACAUGCAAGCAAGAUGGUUAGGAUGCCAGAUCCUUUCACUGCUGUUGGAGCUGAAGCAGAGCAAACAGCUUGGCCUGACUUCGAGCUCAACUUGCUAGCUUGGCUUGGAGCUGCAGAUACAGAGUUUGAGACUGACUUACAAUGGAUCUCAGAUCAUGUGGACACAGAGUUUGACAUGGACGUGCGCUCUGAUGACAUGGCUACACGUAGCAAAGAACUCCACUCAAUUCUGGUCGGUUUGCUACGCAACCGGUCUCUCAAGGUUUUGCGUGGUGUUUCAGGGCGCAAUGGAUAUGAGGUUUACAGACAGCUUUUGAAGUUGUUCAAGCCGAGCACAAAGCCUAGGGCUAUGGCGCUUUUGAGCGCACUCAUGGGCUUGCCUACUUUUGGCAAGGACAAGUCCCUCUACGACCACAUUCAAGGACUUGAUCGUUUGAUGUCAGAGUAUCAGAAAGCUAGUGGUUUGAGCGUGCCUGAUGAAGUGAGCCUCUCAGUGCUUGUUAGGUGUCUUCCAGCACACAUCCGACAGCAUAUUCAGCUUUCUUUGGAUCAGUCUUCAACAUAUGCUACAGUUCGAAGUCGUGUGUUGGGAUUCGAAACAGUGACCAACAACUGGGCACCUUCUCGCAUUCACUCUGAGUUUGGUAUCAUUGGCACCUCAGCCAACUCUGCACAGGAUACUGGAGGAUUUGCGCCAAUGGAUAUCAGUAGAGUUGAAACCAAGGGCAAGCAGAAAGGAAAGAGCAAGUCAAAAGGAAAAUCAAAGAUGGAUGCUUCAAGCCACAAAGGCAAAGGCAAAGUGAAAAGCAAGCUUUCAGAUAUCGGUAAAGGAAAAGGAAAGCCAUCAACUCAAGUUGACAAGUCUAACGUUUGCUUGUAUUGUGGGAAGGCUGGACACUGGAAACGAGACUGUAGGAAAUACAAACAUGACCAAGCUACUGGACAAGUGCGACAAGUGGAAGGUGGGAUUUCUCAACAGGCUCCACCUCCACCACCUGUGAAUCAGGGUUUCUCUCAGCCUCAGCAGUCUGGAGCUCAGCAACCAUUGCAGCCUCAUGUCUCAUUUGUGCAGCCGUCACCACAUACCACGUUUGUUCAACAGCCUCAGCAGAACGUUGGCAAUGUCAGAAGGUUUGAAUUUGCCCCAGACUGGCCUGGCAGACCAGUUGAUGAGAUGCGUGAGGAACCUUGGAUCGAUGACCUGACCUCAGACUCAAUCCUUGGUGGCAACAUUUAUAGCCUUUCAGCUGUUUCAACAUGUUUGGAUGCUUUGCCAUGCAGUUGCACGACGUUUGACAUGACAUAUUCUGACUGCGAUGGUGUUUGGACUGUGGAUACCAGUGAUGUAAAUCAUGUUCGAGCAGUUGAAAUCAUCUUGGACAGUGGAGCAGAUGGAUCAGCUUUGCCCAUGGAAUAUGCGCAUACAGGUGUUGCAACAGCCUCAGAUGAUAGACUACGUUUUGUAGAUGCACAGGGAAGCCCAUCGAACAUUUCUAGCACUCGACUUGCAACAGUUGAUUUUGGAGAUUUUUCACUGAAAGAGGAGUUCAUUGUGGCUUCAAUAACUAGCCCUUUGCUGUCACUUGGCAAGUUGAUGAAACAUGGGUGGAAUUUGCAAAAGGUAGACAACAGCCUUCAUCUUGUGAAAGCCGACAAAGCCAUUCCAGUGGCUUUCAAGCGCAACAGCCUCUGCAUUUCAGGGAACAUCAGAAUGGUUGAAGACUCAGGUAGUGUCCAUUUGCGUGCUUUGCAGUUGAGGGAUUCAUUGCAGCGUGUUAGAACUACUUGGACAAAGCUUGGAGCUGAGUGCUAUGGUAUCAAGACUUACAAGCCAACAUGUGUUGAUGUGAGCCUUGCACCAGCUGCUAGCAUGCUGUGGUAUCGUACCACCCUGGUGAAACGAUCUGGACGAUGGCAGUUGCAUGAACACAACCGUUUUGUCACAGAUGAGUAUGCUGCAAGUUCACUCACAGCUGCAUUGCCUAACCCUGGAUCAGUGCAAGAGGUGAUCACAAUUGGACACACAAAGGAAUGCACCCAUGAACAGUUGGGAUUCUCAGUGAUUGAAGAGGCCCUGGAUUUGUUGGGGCCUGUAGGUGGAAGCUCAUCAAGUUCAGCAGCUCCACAACUGUUUGUUGAUGCACCUGCGUUGGAACAGUUUGAUGCCCCUGCGUUGGAACAAGCUGAUGAAUCCAUGAAUCCUCCUUUGCAGGUGAUACCACCUAUUGAUGUGCCAGACCCUUUCGAGGCUCCAGUUGCAGCUGAUGAACCUGACCCACCAGAUGAGGUUCUGGCUGGUGCUGAUGAGAUAGUGUUGGAUGGCACACGCAUUGAUAGCACUUCUUCACUUGCAGUUUUGAGAGCAGCUUGUUCAGCUUUGGGCAUUUCGGUGAAUGGUUCUCGAGCUCAACUUUUCAAGCGUUUGGUUCAGCAUCUGCAACAGCAAGAGCUAUUGGCAGCCCACUCUGUGAAACAUAACUUGGGAAAAGAACUGCAAAGACCAGCCAAUCAACCUGGCAUCCCUGCACAGCCUACAGAAGAAGAAGUGUCAGUGCGUCGCAUUCCAAGUCCUUGGAUCCUCUCAGAAGUUGGCAAUGUUGAGAUGUCCCCUUGGGAAUGCUCAUUUGCUACGUUGGGUUCAAGAUUGAUGGUGCCAAAGCGUGUCUUGAAGCCUACGGCUCAAGUUGCUCCGGCCCUUCCACCAGCAAGCGUCCAACCUGAGGCAAGCAAGUUGAAACCGGUGUUGGAUGUUGAAGCUGAAGCAGUGAGAGGUUUGCCACCAACUCCCAUGGAACCAGCAGUUGAAGAGUUGCCUGCCGCAGCAAUUCCGGCACAGGCUCAGGCGGGGUUUGUCCCACAGCCUGGCAUCAUGGCACCUCCUCCAGCAUCAGCAGCCCCAUCUGGCCUUGCCACACCCAUGCAAGAUGAUCAACAGGCGCCUUUGACACCUGUACCGGAAGAUGAACCUGCGUCGAAGAAGGCGCGCAUUUGUGUGGUGGCCGGUGUUGAAUAUGAACAUGAGGACGACCACAACUACACGUCCUUCACCAGUGAUGAGUUGGACAGCCUUGAAGAGUUUGACUUUGGCUUGACAAAUGAUGAUGGUGAUGAGCCUGCUUCUGAGGAUGUGCUGGUGCAACAGCUGAUUUUUCCAUAUACAGAGCAAGAACCACAGCUGAAUACAGAUCAGUUGAAGCACCUGGAUGCCAUUGCAAUGGAGGUGGAAACAGCCCGUUUGAAGCAGAUGGGUGUCCUUCUCCCUCCUGAGAGCGUUGAAGGAAUGAACCCAAAGAGACUUUCCACCAGGUAUGUCAUCACCUGGCGUGACAAGGUGUUGAAUGGCAAGAGGUGUUGGCUCAGGAGAGCCCGAUACGUGGCAAGAGAGUAUGCUUGGUUGUCACCUGAACGUCAAGACUUGUUCAGCCCAGCAUCGAGCAACAUCACCAAUCGUUUGCUGCCUUCAGUGUUUUUGCAUUGGAAAAUGAAACACCCUGAGAAGCAGUUUGUGAUGGGCGCCAUUGACAUUGGCGAUGCUUUUCUGACAGUUGAACAAAAACAACCCACGCUUGUUUCUUCAGGGUCAGAGACCUUUGCUCUGGGGCGUGUGCUCCCUGGGCAACGAGAUGGCAGUCAGCUUUGGUUUGAGAGUGUGAGUGGAUUCCUCAAUGAGACGCUUGGCUUUGAACAUUGCAGUGCGUACCCCAGCUUGUUGCACAGUCCAUGUGGUGAAUGUUUGAUUUUACUACACGUGGACGACAUGCUUGUGGUGACAGAACAGCAUUACUUCGAAGGAAAACUUCUUCCAGCCCUCAAUGGGAGAUACAAGACUUCAGUGCACUGCAUGAAACAACCGGGGGAUACGUUUGAGUUUUUGAAGCGUAUCCAUGUCCUUGUUGAUGAUGCGACGAUCCACAUCCAACAGAAUCCACGUCACUUUGACAAGUUGUUUGAAGUUGUUGGGGUUCAGAACACAAUGAACCCAAAGAAGGUGCCUUGCCAUGAAAUGAUGACGGAGGUAGAUGACACUCCAUUGCUCCAGGCAGAGAAGGCAUCUCGAUACAGGUCGGCUGUGGGCAUUUUGCUCUACCUUUCGACAGACCUUGUCGAGUGCUCAUACACCAUCAGGGGCUUGGCGCAGUCUAUGAGUGCACCAACCGAAAGAAGUUGGACAAUGAUGAAACAUUUGUGUCUGUACCUACUUUCAGUACGUGACUUUUCCUUGCGUCUGCAGAUGAAAGUGAAUGGCCUGUGGUACUCACCACCCGACGACAAUGGUGAAUUGGUUGGUACAGAUGUGGUGACAAGAGAACGUGCAGCAGAUGAUGUCAGAGGUGUGUUGCGCAUGCUGCGUGAAAGCAUUGGUGAAAGAAGCAGUCACAAAACCAUGGUUGCAACGAAGCGCUCUCUGCAGACCUUGUUGCUGCUGAGUCUAGUGCAUUCUACAGACGCCUUGAGCCUGACGAGCCCAAUUUCCUUUUCAGUGCUUGAGCAUUUGCGACUUCACGGACUUUCAUGUUGGAUGGUUUCAAUUGUGAUUCUCUUUUUCAUGUUUGCCUCUCUGCUGAUUGCCAUGCCACCACGUCGCAGCAUGUUAGAAGAGCCAGAGCCAGAAGACAUGGCUGGCAGUGCUGCAGCCUCUUCGAGCAGCCCUGCACCCAAAUACAACAAAGCGGCAGUGUACUGUUUUCUUUGCAUUUGCUUGAAACGCAGCUUAGAGCUGAUUGACGAGGCAGAAGCUGAGGGUGACAGAACAAAGACCAGUGCACUACAUGCAAUCUACGAAGUCUUCAUGGAUUUGUUUUGUGCGUUUGAGCGUGAUGGAAUCUCUCCUACAAGUUUGCAGUCGAUGAAGGACAUGCAUGGUGCUUUGAAUGUGCAUGACCCAGACUUCAAUGCCAGUGAUUUCAUGACGAUAGAGUUUGACGUUGGCUUCACCACACCGACUCUUGAACCAGAGAUUGAGAGCUUGCUUCCUCCUGAUCCACUUGAUGAUUUCUUUGCUGAAGAAAUGGCUGAUGAUUUCUUUGCUGAAGAAAUGGCUCCUCCAUUUGAGCCUCGAAGCCCCGAGCAUAUGGCAAUAUGGAUGAUCCAACGAUUGACUGAGAAAUUGCGUUUUGAGAUGGAGUCUGGAAAUCCUGAAGGUGUGCUGAAGCAUGUAGAACGAAGAGAGAUUAUGGUGAACUUGUGCCGAUUCUGCAAUGAAAGACCAGAACAAAGAUUGGAAGUAUGGAAAAUGAUGCAAAGCCUCACAGACAUUUCCAGCGAUGAAGCGGCGAUCUUAGAAGUUGCAGAGGCCACCAAGGCAGCUGUGAGACUUGCCCAGUCAGUGCAACAGGCAAAGGUGGUACUCGAACAGAUUUGUGCCACAAAUGCGGAAAGCCAGGGCAUUUUGCCCGUGAUUGCUGGGCACAGGCGCAGUGUUGAAGCAGUGCCUGCAAGUGACCGUGCACCAAUUGGCCCAGUUCUUCCAUCAGCUCUUCACGAUGCAGAUGGUGAAGCAGUGCGAAAGAAAGCUCAGGAGGAGCUCAGGGAAGAGACAGAGCUGAAGUCAAUGGAAAAGCAAGACCAUCCAGCACCUGCACCACAACCGAUUUUGGCUUCUUCUUCAGCUGCCCCUUUUUCAGCAGCUGAUGCUCCAGCGGGUGAGGAGGAGUUGGACAUGAGUUUUCUUGAAGAUAUGGUUCCUCAAGAAGAUCUAGGCAAUGAACAACCUCAGACUCCUCCCAUGACCACUAUGGCCAUACCUCCAAGCCCCAGAGCAUCUCCAACAAGCAGAGCUCACGAUGAAGGUCCAGAAGAAGAGGAUCACAGCGGCAAGAAAGCCAAGGUGGAAUCUUCGAAGAAGCAAAGAAUUGAAGUUGUCAAGGAGACCUAUGCGAGAAUGAUCAGAGCUGUGAAGGUUGGUACAGAUGAGUACUACACCAUGGACAGCUAUGACACUGACUACAGUUGGGAAAACGAAGAGCUUGUUGAUGAUGUUUGGAUGGAUGAAGACUCCUUGCAAUUCAGUGGAGUGCCAGAAGAACUUUGGUCAAAUGCCCCGACAGACAAGGCCUUGAGCCUGUUGGCGUUGAAGGAGCAGAAGUUGAAACAUGCAAAGCAACAAGUGAAGGUUGCAGAAGAAGAUGCGUACGUUGCUGAACAAGCCAAGAGAAUCGAUGGCUUGGUCUUCAGAUGCAAUGAGAUUCAGAAAAAUAUGGAUGAUUCAGCUGCAGAAGUUUCCGACAGGAUCACAGAAGUUUCCAAUGAGUUGAGCAUGACGCAUGACUACACGACUGGCCUCCAUUAUUCAAUUGUGGAGCAUGGUGGUUUCCUUCGUAAUGGCUUAGGCCUUUCAAGGGAGCAAUGGUCCCAUCUGAAUGUGCUGGAACGAGCCAAUUUGGUGAGCUCACGUACAAUGGGCUCAGUGGAAUACAUGCGUCUUGUCAGGCAACGUGUGACGCCUGUUGGAGCAGCAGAUGAAACAGAUGGAGCUGGAAAUGGAAAUGCAAACGAGUCAGCAGAGUCAGAACAAGAUGAACCCAUGGAUGAUGCAGAAGCUCAAACAGAUGGUCAGCCAGGAUCUGGAUUUCAUACAGUGGAAGGAAUGCUGGAAUUCUUGAAGCGAGAACACAAUGAAUGUCUGGACAGGAGUGAGUUUUGGGAUGCAAAUUCAAUCCAAAACACCAUUCUUCGAUUUCUGGAUGAUGUGCGUUUGAAUGCAGCAGAAGGCAUGGUCCCCAAUUGCCGUGCCAAAAGCCGCAGACCAAGGACGUUGGGACAGUGCAGAUCGAUAUACAGCAAUUUCAGGAAACUAUGA